AUGGGGCGCGGCCAAACGCAAUCCAACGGCCACAACGAGCACCCCAACACGCACGUGGGCUUCCGCUUCGGCAACGACUCGUACACGUCCCUCAGGGUCGAGACGCACAACAACAAUCCGGACGGGGACGCCGGCGAGGUGGACAGCUCGAGCGUGCGUGUGUACUACACGGAAGGCAUCCGCGAAAUGGACAUGGGUGUGAUCACCCUGGGAGACCCCAACGUCGACCUCACCGGGACCAAGCUGCCGGAGGGGAAAUCCUCCGUGGAGUUCGACUGCCCCGGCGUUUGCACCGAGACUUACCUCGAGGCCGAGAGCGUCACGGUCUACUCACACUUCCUGCACAUGCACGGGAACGGGCAGAGGAUGGAGACCCGGCAAUACCGCAGCGACAGCGACGGAAACGAGCAGCUGGUCGACGCCACCGAGGUCGAGUACUACUCCUUCCUGCAGGCCGGCGGCCACGUGACGGCGCAUAACGGAAGCGAUAUCAUCCAAUACAUUCACUACCUGCUACCGCCGAAUGCGUUCGUGUUACCUUGCCUGGCUUUUGUGUCGGUCUUUCUUCAAAAAGGAGACAGCUUCGAAACGACCUGCUACUACGACACCUCCCUUUCCUCCGUGGACUCGACCAACGUCACCUUCGGCGAGGGGUCGGAAGAAGGGAUGGGGAAAAUCGACGAUGAGACAGCCUUGGUUCGCCUGAAAGCUUACCAUACGAACGAACAAAAUUCGGAGACGGUUUACGUUCGCGCUGGCUCGUUUUCUGUCGUUACCGUGGUCGAUGCUGAUAAAAACGACACACACACACACGUUUGCAUGGACUUCUUGUUUUACUACCCGGCCCAAAUCAUCCGCGAUGGUGGGUAUUGUGGAGGACUCGAGAGAUGCGGCGGCAGUUUCCUGGGCAUCACAGAUCUAGAAGACGAGACGGACUUAAACCGCACCUUCGGAAUCGUGGACUCGUGCACGGGGACGAUCGACGAAGACGAACAGGUGGGACGUUGCGUGCUGUAG